UCCGGAAGUUCCUCUCAAAAUGCUGAAGCGCUGUGUGCAAGUGGCCGGGGCUGCAGGAGUUGGAGUCGGUCCUCGGGCCUGAGCCUCGAGGCCGCGCUCCCGGGUGUCGUUGAUGUUCGGGGCCGCCGGGCGCCCAGCGAUCGGAGCCGCCGCCGCCGCCGCCGCCGCCGGGAAGAGCUGGCAUUUCAGCCGAACAAUGGAAGAGCUUGUUCACGAUCUUGUCUCUGCACUGGAAGAGAGCUCUGAGCAAGCCCGAGGUGGGUUUGCUGAAACAGGAGAUCAUUCUCGAAAUCUGUCUUGCCCUCUGAAACGCCAGGCCAGGAAAAGGAGAGGGAGGAAGCGUAGGUCCUAUAAUGUUCACCACCCUUGGGAAACAGGUCACUGCUUAAGUGAAGGCUCUGAUUCUAGUUUAGAAGAACCAAGUAAGGACUACAGAGAGAACCACAACAAUAAGAAAGAUCAUAGUGACUCUGAUGACCAAAUGUUAGUGGCAAAGCGCAGGCCAUCUUCCAACUUAAAUAACGGUGUUCGAGGUAAAAGACUUCUGUGGCAUGAGUCUGAUUUUGCUGUGGACAACCUUGGGAACAGAACUCUCCGCCGUAGGAGGAAAGUGAAGCGCAUGGCAGUGGAUCUCCCGCAGGACAUCUCUAGCAAAAGGACAAUGACCCAGCUGCCUGAAGGCUGUAGAGAUCAGGACAUGGACAACGAUAGAGCUUACCAAUAUCCAGAGUUUACCCGGAAUAAAGUUAAAAAAAGGAAGUUGAAAGUGAUUAGACAAGGACCAAAAACCCAAGAGGAAGGAGGAGGUUUGGAAAGUGAAGAAAUAAGCCAGACCAAUAAAGACAAAAUGGAGUAUGAAGAACAAAAAGUCUCAGAUGAGCUCAUGAGCGAAAGUGACUCCAGCAGCCUCAGCAGCACCGAUGCCGGGUUGUUCACCAAUGACGAGGGAAGACAAGGUGAUGAUGAACAGAGUGACUGGUUCUAUGAAAAGGAGUCUGGUGGAGCCUGUGGUAUUGCUGGAGUUGUGUCCUGGUGGGAGAAGGAAGAUCCUGCAGAACUAGACCGAAACGUGUCCGACCCCGUGUUCGAAAGUAUCCUAAGUGGUUCUUUUCCCCUCAUGUCACAUCCUGGCAGACGAGGUUUCCAAGCUAGACUCAGUUGCCUCCAUGGAAUGCCUUCAAAGAAUAUUAAAAAAUCUGGAGGGGCUCCACCUUCAAUGACGUCUGCUCCUGGCCCCGUCAGUAACAAGAGGAUGGUUCACUUUUCCCCAGAUGCCCAUCACCAUGACCACUGGUUUAGCCCUGGGGCUAGGACGGAGCAUGGCCAGCAUCAGCUUCUGAGAGAUAACCGAGCAGAAAGGGGACACAAGAAGAACUGCUCCGUGAAAACAGCCAGCAGGCAAACAAGCAUGCAUUUGGGAUCCUUGUGCACAGGAGACAUCAAAAGGAGAAGAAAAGCUGCCCCUUUGCCUGGACCCACUACAGCAGUUCUAUUCCGUGCCUGUUGGUUGGCAGCUCUCUUCUCAACACUGAAGCUCGUAAGGACCUUGUCAGAAGUCUCCAGGAUCCCUUCCUAACAGCUUGGAAGGACAGUCUUAAAUGUGGCUGUCACUCUCUGGCCUAGAUGUUCCACCUCCUCACUGGCAUGUGUGGAGCCCCACUUCUGGCCUCCAGUCUGAUCCUCGUCCCUUCCUAAAUCACCAUGAGGAAAGGAUGUGUGAGAGCUACUUUCCUGUUACUGUCAAAAAAUACCAGGACCAAAAGCAACUUAGAGGAGAACGGGGUUUACUUUAGCACAUGGUUCCAGAGAGAUCGAGUCUGUCACGGUGGAAAGCCAUGGUGGCAGUCAGGGAAAGCAUGGCUGCAGGGGCAGGAAGCUGGCUGAUCACAUUUUCAUCCGUGCACACACAGAAGCAGAGAGAACAGGAAGUAGAGCAAAGCUAUGAAACCUCAAAGCCAGCCUACAAAGACAUACUUCCUCCUGCAAGACUGCACCUCCUAAAGGUUCUACCCCACAAACAAUGACAUCUACUGGGGACCAAGUGUUCACAUACAUAAGCCUCUGGGGUCAUUUCUCAGUCAAACUCCAAAGGAUGCUUCAGCCCUUGCACACAUUCUCUGUGUCUGUAGGCUCCCUCAGCACCCUGCAGACCCAAUAUUCGUCUGUGUUCCAGUUUACCCUCAGGAAGUCAAAACUUAGGAGACGUUCUGCGUAGGUUCUGAAAAUGGAUUUGACUCCUGACCUCAUCUGGGCAGAGAACUGUUUUCAUCACUUAGCCCAUGGCUAAGCAGGAGAGUUGUGGACAGUGUCUCACCCAGGGUGAGGUAGCCAGAUAAAAACUAAAGGAGGAGGCUCUAGCUUAAACUAAAUGAAUUAGCAUGCCGGAGAACUCCUAAUAUGAGUAGGGAAGAGAGAAAACAAUAGCAAUGGAACCAGUCAGGGAAACAUCAAGAAAAUUAUAAGAGCUCAGCAAAUCCCUCAAGGUAAAUAGUCUUAGUUCCUCGAUGAAGAAACACAGACUAGUGGGUUGGAUUUAAAACAAGAUUCAAUUCUCUGUUGUUUGGGAGGAACAUGCCUCAUUGGUGAAACCAUACGCAGAGGCUGAAGCAAAAAAAAAAAAAAAAAAAAAAAAGUAGUCAAUUUACCAAGUAAACAGAGGCCCCAAACAAGCAAAGAGCUAUAUUUAUAUUUGCCAAAGUUAGCUGGAAAGAGAAAAAAGUCACUACCUUACUACUAAAGGGAACAAUCUGUGAAGGUGAUAGAAUGAUUCUAAAUGUAUGUGCACAGGAAAUUAGUGCACGUAUCAUUUUAAAAAGGUACUGGACACAAAGGGACAGAUGAGACCACUUAUAACAAUAAAGGUGACAUCAGUACCCUACUAUCCUUUUGUAGACAUCAUCCAGAGGAAAAAAAAAAUCAACAAAGAAAUUUCAGAGUUCAAGUUUACCACAGGCCAAGUGCACUUAACAUAGAUCUACAGAAUACUCCAUUGAACAGCUACAGAACACAUUCUUCUUGGCAGCCAUGGAACUGUCUCUAAAAUCGGCCACAUUUUAUGCCAUGAAAUAAUAACAAAUACAAAAGAAUCAAAAUACUCUGUUGCAUCAUGUGAGGUCAUAGUGGAGUAAGACACAAACCAGCUACAUGAGUAGGAAGUCCAUAAGUAUGCAGAGCUUGAACCACAUACUCUGGCUAAUCAGUGGGUCAUUCAGGGGAUCAGAAAAGGAAUCUAAAAGUUCCUAGAAUCAAAUGAAAGGGAAAGUACUAGCACUAAUCAGAACUUUGGGAGAUAAAUCAACUCAAGGAGGAAAGUUGAUAUCUAUGUGUGCUUACAUUUAAAAAGUCAGAUGUCUUUUUAUAAAUAAUUUAAUGGUGCAUCUUAUGAUCUUGGAAAAUCAGAACAAGCCAAACCCAAAACAGUAGAAGGAAAAAAAUAAGAAAGAACAGGCAGAAAUGAAUGACACUAAACGUAGUGUAUGAAGACUCCUGAGUUAGAGUUGGCUUUUGAAUGGUAAGCUAGGUCAACCACCCUUUAUACAAACUAAACAAAAGUAAAAAUUAACAGAGAAAAAUUAAGAAGAGCAAAAUCAACAGAGUUAGAGAUGAAAAAGGAAUCAGUACAAUAGAUACCAAGAGAACUCAGAGACUCAAUAGGGAACAGUUUGAAAACCUGCUUUCCAAAAAAACCUGCAAAAUCUAGAAGUGGAGAAAUUUCUAGAUAAUAGAGGAUAUGAAUGACCCACACAGACCUACAACAGAGAAGGCUGAAGCAGUAAUAGUCACGCAACAAAGAAAAGUCAAGAAACAGUUUGUUCAUGCUGCAUUCUACCCGAACUUUUAAAAGGAGCUAGCCUAGUGUCCCCUAACUGUUCCACAGAAAGGGAACCAACAGUAUUGAACUUGGUCCAUGAGAGGAGUGUUAUCCUCAUACCUAAACCAAGAAAGAACACACUCAAGGAACAGAAAGGAAAAAAAGAAAGGAAGAAAGGAAGAAAAAAAGGAAGGAAGGAAGGAAAGAAAGAAGGAAACUGUAGACUAAUAUUCCUGGUGAUCAUCAUGAAAAUAUUCUCAAGAAAAUAUGACAACCAAAUUCAGAAGCACACUAGAAUGAUAUGUCAUGAUAAAAUAGGUUUCAUUCCAGGAAUGCAAGGAUGCUUGCAGAUUUGUAAAUCAAUGAAUGUAACAGCAUAUAAAUAGAGUCAAGGAUAGAAAUCACAUGAACAUCUCAAUAAAUGCAGAAAAGGCCUUUGACAAAGUUCAACAUUCCUUCAUGAUAAGAGCUAGGGAAAGCAGGAAUAGAAAGAACCCAAUACAGGAAGGGUAGAUCUAACCAACACUACAUUAAACAGGGAAAAGCGGAAAGAAUUCCUUCAGAAAUAGGUAUAAGAUAAGUGUAUUCACUCAUUGAAUAUAGAGCCGGAAGUCUUGGCUAGAUGAAUUAGGCAAGAGAAGAAACAAAGCCAGGUCAAUCAUGGAAGAGAUACAAACAGGAGAAGGAGAAUUAUCCCUUCUUACAGAUGGUGAUCCUGUACUUAAAAGAUCAUAUGUAGAUGGGCAGUGGUGGCACACGCCUUUAAUCCUAGCACUUGGGAGGCAGAGGCAGGCGGAUCUCUGUGAGUUUGAGGCCAGCCUGGUCUACAAAGAGAGUUCCAGGGCAGCCAGAACUGUUACACAGAGAAACCCUGUCUCAAAAAACCAAAACCAAACAAACAAAACAACCAACCAAGCAACCAUAGGUAGUAAGUAAAGUAGCAGAAUAUAAAGUAAAAAAUAAAAUAGCUUUUGAUAUACCAAUAAUCAACUGGAUAAGAAAGAAAUGAAGGCAAAACCUCACUAAUAACAGCUUCCAAACCAGCUAAAACCCCACAGGAAUAAACCUCAGCAAGGAGGUAAAAAUUCUCUAUAGUGGAAACUUGGAAAUCCUCAAGAAAGAGAUUGAAGAAGACACUGGAUGAUAGACUCCCAGCUGCUUGUUUAGGAGAACUAACUGUGUGGCAAUGACCACAUCACUGAAAACAGUCCAGAUUCAACACAGUCCCCUCAAAAUUCCAGCAGUACUCUUCAUGGAACUGGAAAAAAUAAUCCCCCAAAUAAUAUGGAGGCCUCAGAGACCUCAAGUAGGCACAACUGUAGUUGAUCUAAAGAAUACAAUAUCAGAGAUAUGACAGUCUCUGACCUCAAAUUAUGUCACAGAGUCACAGCAACAAAAGCAGCAAGGAACAAGCAUAAAACUAGAUACAGGACCAAUAGAGUGGGAUAAAGGGUCUGAAGUAAACACACAAAGCCACAGCUUCAUAAUCUUUGACACAAUUAUCAAAAACAUAUACUAGAGAAAUAGCCUCUCACCAAAGGUGCUGGGAAAAACAUAUUUCCACAUGCAGGAGAAUGACACUUACGUGUCAACCUUCACAAAAUGGAUCUUCCUGUAAGAUGUGAUACUCUGAAACCACCAGGGAAAAACACCACAGUGUCUAGGAACUGGUGGAGGCUCUCUAGAAAAGCUCACCACAGUGAUGUGAAUACUUGCAAAGGUGACAAGUGGCAUCAUAUGAAACCAGAAGGUUCUGCGCAGAGGGCAACCAUCAGCUAAGGAAGAAACAGCCUGUACACAGGGGAAACCUCCCCAAACACACAUUUUACAUGGGGUUGAUAUCUAAAAUCUACAAAGAACUCAAAAAAUUAAAGCCAUACAGUCAAUAGACUGUACAGACAGUUAUCAAAAGGCAAAACACAAAUGGACAAUACAUAUUUUUUUCAAAGGGUUCCAGGUCCUUAGCCACCAGGGAAAAGCAAAUUAAAAGUGCUUUGAGACUCCAUCUCGCCCCAUCAGAAUGACUGGCAUCAGGAAAAUAAAAUGCUCAUGAUGAUGUGGGGGAAGAUGAACCCUACUACACUUCCACUGGGCGUUCAGACCAGCAAACAGCAUGGAGAUUCCUCAACAGACUGAAAGGAAAACCACGAUAUGACUCAGGUCUAUCACUCCAGGUAAAUGACCAACAACUGGGCCAGCUUUGCUCAGAGCUAUUGCACCCCUUGUUACUGUGCACUACUCACAAUAGCCAAGAUAAUGGAAGCAGCCUAGAUGUCCAUCAGCAGAUGAAUGGACAAAGAAGAUGUGGUCCAUGUACACAACAGGUCUUCAGCCUUCAGGAAGAUUGAAAUGACGUCUUCUGCAGGUAAAUGGGUGGAAUAGGAGAGCUAAUUGGUCUCUCUUGUGUUAGCCCGGCUAAGAAAGACAAGUAUCUCAUGUUUUGUCACAUAGAGGCUAUAUUUUAUAAAUGUGAUAUUAUGGGCUGGAGAGAUGGCUCAGUGGGUAAAUGCAUGCCACACAAACCUGAUGAUCCAAGUUCAAUCCUCAAAACCCAUGUAAUGGUGGAAAAAGAGAACUGACUCCACAAAGUUGCCUUCUGACCUUUGAAAGCAUGCUGGGUGCACCUGCCUUUACACAUCACAAACACAAAUAAUAAUAUUUUUUCAUUAAAAAGAUAAAAAUAUUAUAUGAAAAUGAAAAGAGGAAAGAAAGGUCCUCAAAGGGAGGGUCGGGGAACAAGAGAGGAUAAUGGGGCAGAAAAGAAUGACAAAUAUUGUCUUGUUUCAGAUGUGUAAUCUAGAUUUAAAUACAUACAUACGUAUAUGCACACAUACAUGAAAUAGAAAGGGGACAAGUUGGUGGAGAAAGGGAACCAGGUUGUGGGGGGCAAGGAAGGAUAGAAUAUGGUAGUGAGAGGGAAUAUUAGUUGAAUACAAUGCAAUAUAAAUAUGAAAAUAUCAUGAUUAAAACUCAUUAUUUUAUAUGUACAUUUAAAAAAACAAUUAAAAUAAUGUAAAAUGCCUUGGUCAUUAAGGAGCACAAAGCAUGGGUGAGUUUCCCAAAGUCUCACAGCUUCUAAAUGCUGAAUUUAAGUUCAGACCCCUUGGACGCCACUACUUCAUGCUGGCUUUCCAUCCAAAGUCCCUACCAUAUAAAAGGUGUUAGUACCAUCGAUUUAAGAGCAGGCCAUAGGAAGACACUUUAGACACCCUGUCCCUGUCAAAGAGCAGCCCUGUCCUGUCACUGGUGAGAUUUUCCAGAUGUGAUUGCUACAGCUGCAAAUUCGGCCACUGUCUUGACCUCUCAGCUUUUGGGCUCUCUGAUGAACUUGGCACUGUCUUAACCAAGACAAUUUCCAAUUUCUUCGUGAGUAUUUGAGGAAUGCACAAGUCCAUUUCUACCACUGUCCUUCCUUCGUUACAAAUGCUGUGAAACCUGCAUGGCUAAAAGCAUCUUCUCCCUUCUGCUGUGAGUUUGGUUAUCAGAUCUUAUUAUUAUCUCAACCCUGUACUUUGCAGGGCCAACAAUGCAUCAAGACUGAGGCCAGACUUGUAACUCCUCUUAGCACUGAUACCAGCACUGGGCAAAUCAGAGCCAGUCCAUGAAUGUCAGGGAGCUGUAAAACACAUGAUUGUGAAAUGGUUCUCUCAGCCACCUUUUAUAGACAGAAGCUGCCCACCACAAGAUGUAUAGGCUUAAUAAAUCAAUGGGAAGGAAUUCCAAAAUGGAUAAAUCAAUACCCAAGCAGUCAGAGAAUCCUACAGGUGUAUGACAAUGACCCAUCAGGGCCUUUAAACCUCAGCUGGUAGGUUUAGCCAAAAGGGUCUAUAAUGAUAGAUGAGCCGAGAUGAUAAAUACCUCUGUGGUGGAAGUUUGUAUUGUCUGCACUUUCUCCAUUACCCUUCACACAACAGCAGUAUAAACUGACUCCUUUUAAACCAAAGAACAGAUCUGCAAGAGAAUCGGAUUGUAAAUCCACACACCUGGGGACAAUCUCAGAGGAAUUGGGUCAUUUACAUAAAUGGUUUCAGGUGUGACUAGUCGACAUAAUUAGAGUGCUUACUGUUUGCGUUCUGCAGAUGUGCAAGCAUGCAGUGGCUGUUGGUGGGAGUGGAUAUUAGUCUCUCCCUUCUGAAGUAUAUUAUGGAUACAUAUAUAAAAUUACUAAUAGCCUUCCGUUGGCUAUUUUACUUUUGAGAAGGUAACCUCAGGGAGUAAUGCAACAUUAAUAUAGGUUUUGAUAUUAUUUAUAAUACAAUAUAGAAACAGAAAACAUUCAUUUCUAGGAGAGUGGUUUAAAUUGCAUGUUCAUAAAAUUAUACUAAAAUGCAUAUGGUAAAAAAAGAUAUUGCCAAGUAAACUUAAUGGUUUAAGAAAACCUUUAGGGGGUUGGAGAGAUGGCUGAGUGGUUAAGAGCACUCGCUACUUUUGCAGAGAACCUUGGUUCAGUUUCCAGCACCCAUCCACCUUGUUACUCAAACCACUCUAGUUCCAGGGGAUCCAGCACCCUCUACUGGCCUGCCCAGGAUCCUGCAUGUACAUGGUGCAUAUAAACUCACACAGGUGCAUGCAUGCACUCACACAUGUACACAUGUAGGAUUUGCUGAAGGAGGUGGAGGCAGGAGGAUCACGAGUUUGAGGCCAGCCUGGACUCCACUAAUUUCUUGUUAGUUUCAGAGAAUCUAUCUUAUAGACAAACUCUAGUGUAUUUUUAAAAUAUUUUUAAAAUUCCAUUUUAUGUGUGUGAGUGCUUUGUUUACACGUAUAUAACUGCACAAUACACAUGGCUGGUGCCUGUGGAGGCCAGAAGUGGACAUGAGAACACCAGGCACUGGAGUUGCUCGUAGUUGUGAGUAUGUGGUAUCGGUGCUGGAAACCAAACAUCGAUCCUCUGCAAGAGCAGUCAGUGCUCUCAACCACUAGCUAGCUCCUUAGCCCUUCCAACAUAUUUUUGAAAGUUAUACACAAUAAUAGUUAAUCACGGUAUUUAUUAAUAUGGAAAAACAGAAACUCCCCAAAUAUCUGAGAUUAAAAUGAUUAGGAAACUAGGUAGACUAAGACUAUUAUAAUGAUAUAAUAAAAUAUUAGGAAGGAACUAAGAUAAAUUUUGUGAAAUUUCACAAUAUGAAAAUUACAAAUAAGUCUUAAAGUAUUAUUGUAUGUGUUUUAAAUAUUCAUAACUAAAUGAUAAUUACUCUAAAAUAUUGUGGGGUUUUUGUUGUUGUUGUUGUUUUUUGGUUUUUCGAGACAGGGUUUCUCUGUGCUGCUUUGUGCCUUUCCUGGAAUUCACUUUGUAGCCCAGGCUGGCCUCGAACUCACAGAGAUCUGCCUGGCUCUGCCUCCCGAGUGCUGGGAUUAAAGGCGUGCGCCACCACCGCCCGGCUUAAAAUAUUGUGUUUUAAUGUUUAAUAAUACUUCUUCACUCCCUCCUCCUCCUCUCCUUUACCAUCCUCCUUCCUCCUCGGUCUCCUCCUCUCCGUUGCUGGGGUUACAAUCCAAGGCCUUGUGUACAAGGCAAGUACUCCACCACCUAGAGACACUUCCGGCUUCCAUUUCUUAAAAUAUUUGCUUUAUUUUUCAAAUGUUCUGUUGCAUAACAUUUUUAGCUAGAUACUGAUAAGUGAAAUCUAUUAUAUCCUUUCAAAGCCUUUCUUUACAUCUUGGUCCAUUGUCUGGCAACAUCUUCCUUAGAUAAACCACACUGAAAAUUUACUUCCAAUGUUGUAUAUUUCAUUCAGAUUUACAAAGACUUAACCAUGUUGUAAUGUUGUUUGGAUGGGUGUGAAAUACCAUGAGGUCUUUUAUCACUUCAGGGUCUCCUUUCCCACUAUCUUUUCUUUUCUUGUUCAACAUUUUACCAGCUUAGCUUCCUAGGAAAUAACCCUUGCUUCUUACUGGCAUUUGCUUAGCUGUUGUAACAACCAAGUUGUAGCUAGAAUAGUAGCUAGUCUAACUUGCAUCACCCAGACUUGAGAACAGAAACAAUUAAUUCUUGAUCAGCAUGCCACUCAUGAGUCUUGGAGGGCCAGAAAUUCUCAGGCAUGGCAGGAAGUAGCCCACUGGGGUAGGAUGACUGUGCACAGUCAGUUUACAAGCAAAUGAAGGAGCACUAAGUAAUUCUGCCUCUGGGGUGCUUAGGGAGUGCUGAGUCCCCGUGGAUGCUCUGGACACAGAGAUGACAAAUUCAUGCGUUGCACAAUUAGCUUGAACAGCUGACAACCUUGGCGAGCUGGAGCACUUUUCUCCCAUGACCUAGCAGUAUAGGCUUGAGAACCACAGGGGAUGUUUUGAAUUUAAAAACGAAAUUGCAAACACGUGAGAAGAUGUUCAAGCUCGCCAGACAUUUAGAAAAUGCAAAUUAAGACUCAAUUAAACAAGAUACCACCACAUUACUUUUAACAGGACUUUAGGCAGAAAAUUCUGGCUUGCUCCUCAGAUGGUGGCUUUUUACCUUUCACUGGAUCUGAAGAAGCUGCUGCCUUUACAUUUUGAAGGGCAAAGGUGUGAGAUUCCAGACAACCAACAAAAGACAUGACUUGGGUCUACCAAGCUCAGAAAUAACCAGCUCAUGUGCAGGAGGCUCCCACAUUAUGCAACCAUCCUAGUUAGCCUUAACUGUCAACUUGACACAGCCCACAGUCACCGGAGAGUGAAGUAUCAAUGGAGGGAGAUUGCCCACAUCAGAUUGAUCUGGAGUAUAGCUCUGGGGGGGGUGUCUUUCUUGUUAGCUGAUACAGGAGCAGCUAGCUCACCACGGGCUGCAGCGCUCUGGGGGCAUGUGGUUCUGGGAAGUGAUGCAUAAGAAAACUAGCUAAGCAGGAGCCUUUAAGAGAGCCAGCAAGCAGUGUUCCCCAAUGGUUUUGGCUUCAAGUUUCUGAUUGAGUUCCUACCCUGACCUCCUUCAAUGAUGGACUGUGACCUGGAAGUGUAAGAUGAAUACAUCGUUUUUCCCCCUAAAUUGCUUUUGGUCGGAGUGUGUUAUGACAAUAACAGAAAUGGAACUAGUAAACAGGCUUCCUGAUAGAGCCACUAACAAGACAACUGAGCCUACAAAAAGGUCUCUGAGCCUUUCUCUCUAAAGCCCAUGGUAAAGUUCGCAGUAUAUUGAGACUUGGGGAAAAACAUAUUAAGCUUGAAAUACUGUAUCUCAGCUGUAUUCUAACAAGGAAGAUUGAGCAGGUGACAAGCUGUCAAAAAUUAUGUGAACUCAACUUACUGUAAUGAAACCCGGAAAUUUCCCUAGGUGCCUGAGUCACGGUGUUACGGCAUAAAGAAUGCUGACGUGAGGCAGAAUGCUUCAGCAUUGCCAUUUGGAUCCCAAAGAUAUUCCAGCCCAUUGGAUCCAAAAUUGAGGGCAUAGAAAAUAUGUGUGAUUUGGCAACAGCUGAUCCCGGAGGAGAUGAGACUGAGCAUGCUCUGUAGGGUGAACUUGAAGUCUUUGACAAUCUGAAGGCACCGAGGUCUGAUCACUCCAGGACAGAGGGGAGCCAAGAUGCCUUGAGCAGCAGCAAGCAUUCUCACCCAGCGAGGCUUCUCCCCAGACCCAGUAUUUCCACACCGGAGCCCUUUAGAAUUAUCUGAUCCACAGUAGCCUAAGCUAGUGACUUUAUCCCCAAAGUAUUCUACUUAGAAGUUUGUUUUGAGGGAGAAUCUUUAAAAUAUUCUCCUUCCUGGCGAAUUCUGGAGCUAACUUUUUAAAUAAUAUUUUUCAAAUCCUGUUGCUCUAUUAAGUGAGGUUUCCUUGAAUUUAAUGAAUUGUUUAGAGUGCUAUCAGGGUUUAAAUAGCAAAUUAUUCUAUAUUGUUAAUAUUUUUAGGAGAAGAGGUAUUUACACAUGAGUGGAAGAAAAUAUAUGACCAUAUUUAUAUUUAGGUUCCUUUAAGUUUUAUCUAAUUUCCUAUAAACUUUUCAAAAUAGUUUUCAAAAAAACACUUCUUUCAAUUUUUGAGGUUAUAAUUACAGUUCUCCCUUCCUUUUCCUCCCUUAUACCUUCCUGUGCCCUUUUUCAAAUUCUUGGCCUCUUUUUCUUUUUGUUUUUCCUGUCUCUGUGUCUCUCUCUGUGUCUCUGUGUGUGUGUGUGUGUCUCUCUCUCUCUCUGUCACACACACACACACACACACACACACACACACACACACACACUCUCCUAAAUACAUAAAUACAACCUUCUGGGUCUGUGUAAUGUUACUUGUAUGUAUGCAUGUUUUCAGGGCUGGCUGGGGAAGGCUUUUCCUCUCACUCUCAGCAUUCCUUAGCUCCUAUAGUUCUCUGUGUAGACCUGAGGCCUCCUGGCUUCUCCAGAUGCCCGUGUUAGCAUAUCUAUUGUUAACACAGUUCUGCUUAUGUUGGCAUUGAGUAGAAGGGAGCUUUAGUUUCAUGUAGAAAUGGGUUCAGGAGAGUGGACGGUGGCUCUGUGGCCAACAAACUUGCUAUAUAAGCAUGGAUUCAAGAGUCUGGCACCCCAGAACACACAGAGAAGCCAGGCAGGCAUAGGACCUAGCAGUAAUCCCAGGACUUGGAAAACAGAGGUAAGGCUUUCUUGGGGUAGCUAGCUAGCUAAACUAGGGGGAUUGGUGUACCCUGGUUUCAGUGUGAGACUCUGUCUCAAUCAUUAAGAGUGAAGAUUGAUCAUAUCAAUGAUAUACACACAUACACAGAAAAAAAUGGAUAUAGGGAAAGUCACUUUUAACAAAGAGAAUGCCAACUCAGGUUUAGAACUGAACUACUUUUUCUUAUUACCUGAUGAUUAACAAACACUGUCACCAUGGCAUGCUGGGAGUAUGUUUUACAAACCUCUUACUACCUUAACCCAGAAAAGCAUACUGAUAAAGACUUCAGUGAGUUUAAGGUUUGCCAUCUUCCAACUUCAGCUGGACUCAUGCUUCACUUCUGCCCUACUUAAAAAGCAAGGUUUACUUAACAAAUUAAUAGUAUAAAUAGGGCAGUGAGCAUGCUUAAACCACUCUGAACACUAUUUUAAAAGGCUUUAGCAAAUUAAUUUUAUGCAAAUGAUAUUGCUAAUGCAAGUGCCACUAAUCUGUUCAUUAAAGCCAGAGGGAGCAAACUUUAUUUUGGCAAUUAGUUGAAGUUACUAUAUGUAUUAAAAAAAAGCACCAAAGUUGCAUUUCUUUUAAAGUGUACAUGUAGACUUUUCUCUGGUUGGGACUUUCCCAUAUCACAUGGUGUGGAAUCAGGAGCUUAUAUCUUUUGCCUGUCUGUGGUCUCACAGGUGCCUUCACCUCAGGGUACAUAGACGUGGUUGGCUCUCCCAGUCAGUGAGACAUAAGAGCAGCUCCUCCUCUGGCUGGAGCAAUCCGGUUGCCCUCUGUGUGAGGGGGGGCAGGGACAUUGCCCUGGCUGGUCUUCAGAGGUAGAGAAGAUCUGCCAUUAUGUAAUAGGACAAUGAUGUGCCCUGAUCCAUUAUUAAAUGUCAGGCUUCUAUUGCCGUCGGCUUCUCUCUGUGUGUUCCAGAGACGCCAUGUUGUCUGAUAGACUUCGGAAGGAGAGACGUUGCAGGUGGCGACUAUCGAUGUGACCUUUCCGAUUAUCUCCACAACUCUGAGUGCAUUUAAAGGGAGCAGGCUGACAUUUGUGGUUAUGAUCAUUCAUAGUCUCGUCAUCCGCCCAUUGAUCUGAGACACCAGUCACAUCACUGUCUUGAAGCCCAGUGACAAAUGUUGCCAUCUGACUGACAAGUGAAAGCUCAAGUGAAUUUUGCCAUUUAUUAUUAUAAUUAUUGUUGAGUCAAUUUUCUUUUUCCCAAUUAUGGGGCUCUAGUGUAGUGAGCUGUCAAAAGAAUGACAUGGCACCUAAUGUCGUGAUAAGCUACAGGAAAGAAUUUGAUGUAAACAAAGGUGUCUUUGGCUCCCAUGUGCUUCCUACCCCAUUUUCCCCACAAAAUCCUCUUUUUAAAAAAUAAAUGUAAACCAGUAUGUAUUUUUGAGUAGGUCUCCAUUAUACCAUGUAUUCUUUUUAUCAUUCUUUUUUUUAUUCCCAUAUGUGUUUAUUUUUUCAUUAUUGUGUAAUUAAUGACCCUAAGCAUAGCAGCUUUAAACAAAAAUGUAUUUCUUCAUUGGGACAUGGUUUUCUGUAUCCCAUGCCUGAUCCUCCCAGGUGCUGGGAUUACAGAUGUGCACCAUCAUACCCAGUUUAUCCAGUGCCAAGGGUGGAACUGAGGGUUUCACACAUGCCAGGCAAGCUUUCUACCAUCUGGGCUUAGCACUCAGUUUUAUAGUCAGAAAUCCUGGUGUAAUUCACCACAUGCCUCAGCAACCAUGCUGUCUGUCCAGGGUCUCCCACAAGACUGGGCUUAACGUGUUGGUGGGGCCACAAUACUUUCAAUGUUCAAAUGGAGUAUGACCCACUUCCAUGUUCACUCACACAGAGGUUGACAGAUCUUCAGUCAUUGCUGGUUGUUGGAUGCUACAUGGACCAUUCCAUAGAGCCACUCACAAUGUGGAAUCUGCCUCCCUUAGAAUAAGAUAAUGAGAGAGAAUGCUCAAAAUGGAAAAUACAGUUCCUAUAAAUUAAUCUCAAAGGUGCUCUUCCUAGCUUUUGUUAGAAGUAAAUUACCACAUCCAGCUUCCACUCAAAGGAAGAGGAUACCAAAGCAUCGACUAGCUGACUAACAGGAGGCAGGAGUCACCUAGCACCAUCUUGGGGAUUGUUCAGUACGCUAAGAGAGGAUGCAACAGGCAUUGUGUUCCUCGGGUACUUAAGAGAAUCUGCAGCUAAUAGUUAUUACAUGCAUCCUGUCAUUCUGAGACUCUCUAGAUCCUUAAGCUUGUUCAUCUGUAGGUACAUCAUUGGUUCCUCAGGGUGCUAGAGACAAACACUGCCGUCUCAGAAGGACUGAUGCAAGCACAUUCCACAGCUAAGCCUUUACUGCAGUGCUUCUCAAUGUUCUUUAUGCUGUGACCUUUUAAUACAGUUCCUCAUGCUAUGGAGACCCCCAACCAUAAAAUUAUUUUGCUGCUACUUCAUAACUGUAAUUUUGCUACUGCUAUAAAUCGUAAUGUAAAUAUCUGAUAUGCAAACCCUGUGGUGGUCGUGACCCAUAGGUUGAGAAUCACUGCUUUAGAGCCAGUCCCAAAUCUCUCAAGUUCUUUAGUUUGCUCUUCAGAGUCAGGUGGGGCUCAUGUUUGUUAACAACUGAGUUCGUUAUUAACUAUCUCCAUCAUUUUGUUCAUUUUUAUUAACAUCUAACAUUCAUUUUUGUUUUUAUCUGUUGCACUGAAAUAAGGCUACCUGCUUCAUAGAACAUUUUCAAGAUAAAAAUAGAUUAUUUGGGCCGGGCGGUGGUGGCGCACGCCUUUAAUCCCAGCACUCGGGAGGCAGAGCCAGGUGGAUCUCUGUGAGUUCGAGGCCAGCCUGGGCUACCAAGCGAGUCCCAGGAAAGGCGCAAAGCUACACAGAGAAACCCUGUCUCGAAAAACGAAAAAAAAAAAAAAGAUUAUUUGUGUAAAAAUACAUAAUAUACACCUAUUAGCUUAUAACCACAAACAACAAUUCAUCUAUUAUAUAAGACACAUUUAUGUAUAUAUCUGCUUGUGAAAUAAUAUAUGCGAUAUAUUUUUCUAUACUCACUUAUGGAAAAGGAAUAGACAGAAAUGUUAAUAUUGUCUUUGAUCAAAGAUUUUCUAAAUUACAAACAAUUACUUAGGGAAUUGUUACUGUUUGAGAUUAGGGUCAAGUCUUUAAAGAUAUUCCAUACCCUAUUGGUAUGAAUUUUAAAUUUCCUUUGCUAAGUUCUUCCCUCAAAGUCAAGGACAUAUGUUGUAUCACUCAGCCUGGAGUGUGGAAGACAGUAUACGAAUGGAUCAGAUAAAUGUGGGGUGGGGUUGGGCUAUGGACAAGAAAGUGGCGGGAUGGGAGAUUCAUCUUCACUGUGGUUUGCUUACUUCUGUCUCUCCAUGAGAGACAUCUGAGUUCAAUAGCAGGCAUUAAAUAUUACUGCCAUUGAGACAGAAAGCAGAUGGCCUGCCUCACUUCAUGCAUGUCCUCAGAUCUACCUCAGACUGCUGCUCUCCUGGAUUCAACUAUCCUGGUCUUCACUGAGUCCAUGAUAUUUCCUCUCUUCAUUGUGGAAUCUGCUAUCCCAGUAUCCCAGCCAUCCUAAAGGCCAGACACACACAUCACGGAAAGGGAAUGAGGUCUGGAACCGGUGAGGGCAACAUCUCUUCCCUGUCUGCAUACACCCUUUGUAAGGCUAGGAAUUUCCUAAAGAUACUUUGUCCCAGAGACAUCUCAACCAAACUUUGGACAAAAUGGAUUUCAUCAGGCAACUGAUCUGAAAACGAGAGCUUGGCUGGUGUUAGACGAUUUCACACCUCCAAGUGUGAUGAGAUUAAGCUUCCCUGUAUCUUUGUCAUAAGCUGUUUUUGUUGUCAUUGUUUGUUCGUUUGCUUUUAAAGAAGAAUGGUAUGAAGCCUCCACAGACUUAGGGACAAAAGACGACGUGUAUUCUAAAUUGAGAGUUGAACUCUGAGUGCUGUCUUUUCCCAUGGCUGUGGCUGUGUUGCUAAUUAGGUAUGUUUAGCUGACAUCAAUAAAGCAACUCCUAUGUGAAAAUCAUCA